AUGUUUCAAUUCAUAAAUUUUUUGUUAUUUAAACCUAGUCGUAAUGUUGCAACAUCGAACGAUUCAUCUAAAAUUGCCUUAGUCAAUCAAAUGAUAAACAGCGACAAAGUAGUGAUAUUUUCCAAAUCAUAUUGUACGUACUGUAAAUUGGCUAAAGAACUUUUCGAUAAAUGCAAUACGAAAUAUACGGAAUACGUUCUGGAUAACAGAGAAGACGGCGAAGAGAUACAAAGAAUUUUAGGGAUACUAACAGGAGUGAAAACUGUACCAAGAAUAUUUGUCAAUCAGAAAUGUCUGGGAGGUAGAGCGGAAUGUAAGCAACUGUACGAUACUGGAGAGCUCCAAAAAUUAUUGAUUUAUUAA